UCUACACAGUUUCCAUUUGGUUUUAGUCAUUUUAAAGUAUAUUUUACUCAAACCACCCAAGGGCCAGAUUGGACCAACCUUUAAUAUUUUAAUGUAUCUCUCUCACUCACACACGCAUUCAGGAAGUGACUAUAGGUUCACAACAACAUAUCUAUUUCCCCAUCAUGGCCAUUUGCAUCCUAGCUACAGCAAACCGGCCUUGUCUUGUCUUGUCUUCUGUUGUCUUUCACAAGAGGAAAAUGGUUCCAACGGAGGCAAUGAGUGGGGUCCAGAAUGUUCUAGAACCCAGCCAAGACAAUGGAUGGAUCAUUCACUGUUUGGCCCACACCAUGGCUGAAGAUGUAGUACACUCAGCUACAUAUUACGAGUCCUCAUCCAUCCGUCUUCCAGUUCAGGAGAGAUUGGCUGAGAAGCUAGCCUCUCUGGCCAUCAUAGCUGCCUUUAAGGAAGCAGUUGGAAGUGAGAGCUUUUGGUCCAACAUACCCUCUUCAUUCAGCACAAGAUCUUUGUCCUAUUCCAAUGCCAGCUCACCCUCAGAUAGAAGGAAGAUGGUCCUACACAGUACAAGACAAAGGGAGGUUCAUAUGGAUACAGAGAUGAGUGGAAAUGGUGAGACACAUCAAUUCAACGGGACCAUCAAGUACCAUUCCUCUGGAUCCUCCAGCUCCACUCUCCGCCCCUCCAAGGACACCCACUCCUCCGGCGAGGUCAGUUAUGAAGAGCGAGGACCCCACGGAAGGAGUGCCAAGCUGAUGACGUACGCAGAGGCGAUCUCUGAUGACAUCAUCACAUGGCUGAACAAUAACAUAACAAAUAUUGACGAUCUCUGUCUGAUAUCUGAUCAACUGUCUGAUAAAAUCAUCACGUCGUUAUUAACUGAGGUGAGGCUGAGGGGGUAUGCUGGAAGGCUGGUCUCGGAUGCAUUCUCCCCGGGUUGGAAAGAGCUAAAGAUGGCCUCAGUCCAAGACGCCCUGGUUCGACAUCCAACCACCAACUAUGCAGGAAGGCUGGUCUCCGGUGCACUCUCUCUGGCUAGAGCGGAGCUGAAGAGGGCCUCUCUCCAUGACUCCCUAUGCUGGAAGGCUGGUCUCCGGUGCACUCUCUCUGGCUAGAGCGGAGCUGAAGAGGGCCUCUCUCCAUGACUCCCUAUGCUGGAAGGCUGGUCUCCGGUGCACUCUCUCUGGCUAGAGCGGAGCUGAAGAGGGCCUCUCUCCAUGACUCCCUAUGCUGGAAGGCUGGUCUCCGGUGCACUCUCUCUGGCUAGAGCGGAGCUGAAGAGGGCCUCUCUCCAUGACUCCCUAUGCUGGAAGGCUGGUCUCCGGUGCACUCUCUCUGGCUAGAGCGGAGCUGAAGAGGGCCUCUCUCCAUGACUCCCUAUGCUGGAAGGCUGGUCUCCGGUGCACUCUCUCUGGCUAGAGCGGAGCUGAAGAGGGCCUCUCUCCAUGACUCCCUAUGCUGGAAGGCUGGUCUCCGGUGCACUCUCUCUGGCUAGAGCGGAGCUGAAGAGGGCCUCUCUCCAUGACUCCCUAUGCUGGAAGGCUGGUCUCCGGUGCACUCUCUCUGGCUAGAGCGGAGCUGAAGAGGGCCUCUCUCCAUGACUCCCUAUGCUGGAAGGCUGGUCUCCGGUGCACUCUCUCUGGCUAGAGCGGAGCUGAAGAGGGCCUCUCUCCAUGACUCCCUAUGCUGGAAGGCUGGUCUCCGGUGCACUCUCUCUGGCUAGAGCGGAGCUGAAGAGGGCCUCUCUCCAUGACUCCCUAUGCUGGAAGGCUGGUCUCCGGUGCACUCUCUCUGGCUAGAGCGGAGCUGAAGAGGGCCUCUCUCCAUGACUCCCUAUGCUGGAAGGCUGGUCUCCGGUGCACUCUCUCUGGCUAGAGCGGAGCUGAAGAGGGCCUCUCUCCAUGACUCCCUAUGCUGGAAGGCUGGUCUCCGGUGCACUCUCUCUGGCUAGAGCGGAGCUGAAGAGGGCCUCUCUCCAUGACUCCCUAUGCUGGAAGGCUGGUCUCCGGUGCACUCUCUCUGGCUAGAGCGGAGCUGAAGAGGGCCUCUCUCCAUGACUCCCUAUGCUGGAAGGCUGGUCUCCGGUGCACUCUCUCUGGCUAGAGCGGAGCUGAAGAGGGCCUCUCUCCAUGACUCCCUGGUUCUCCAACAGGAGCAGAAGGGGAGAGGGGAACCAAGUCCAAUGGACAAAAGUUGACCUAACCACAUCACUGUCUAUCCAUAUCCCUGUCUAACCACUCCCAGCCAGUCAUCCGGCAUCCAGCUUGGUUCACCCAAACCCUAUGAGUUGAAUUCAGAUCGGACCCCAACAUGACAGCCCACUCUUCAUCCCACUCUUCAUCCCAGUCACUCCGCUGCUGAGUGCUUGACCUAAGCUGUGGUGAGGUGUUGUGACAUAAGAUACAUUUUAGACUACAAAUGCCAUGAUCGUAUGCUAUCCAUUUGUUUGUCUUUUUGUAUGUUCUUUGUAUGCCAUUUUUUUAAAUAUUUGAGUUAACCAAUGAUAUUAGGCCAUACUUGGCCAUGAU